AUAUACGCCAUUUUGUGAUUCUUGCUGAAAAGUGAAAAAUCGAGACGUCACAACACAAUAUACAUAAUCUGUAUUGUUUUUAUGCGUGAAUUAUAAAAACAUUCUGCUUAUAUAGGAUCAGCUAGGCUGUGGAUUUUGUUAUAAACAUACGGUCUAUUUCCGAGUUCCUACGCCCUGUUUUACUUGCCCAAAACAGUACACAAAUUUCAAUGUUCAUGUGUUAAAGCUAAUAACUUGUUUGAUGGAUGCACACUAUGACGUAGAUAUUGGACGUUUGAUCGGUACCUUUAAUAUCGGGACCAAUCAAAAACAUGAAGUAAACGGCAGCAUCCUCGUUUUUAUAUUCAGGUGAAUAUACUCGGAAGCGAACUAAAGAGUAAAACGUGUAUUAAGGUUCUACAAAAACGAAGGAUAAAGUUAUGUCAUCAAUGAACUAUGGGUACCGCAUCAAAGUUAAAGAACGAGCCAACACAGGAAAAGACCUCCCUUCAAAAGUAUAUCAUAAGAUGUUGAGUUCCACAUGUGACUCAAGGGAUCCCGCAAGAAGGUCCCCAUCAGUAUUAUCAAGCGAUCUGAUCCCGCAAACACCCUUAGUUUCAAAUAACUUUUUUGAAGUAAACAGCUACCAUUUUCCGUGUCGUGUGAUCAGGAAAAGAAGCGAAGGACAUUUGAGCGGCAUUCUCUUCGAUUUACUAUCUCUAAUUAUGCUUCGACGCCACCGUUUCUCUAUGGUGUUUAUGCUACUGAUAGCCUCUCAUCAUAUUUGCCUAUCGCAUUCGCUGCUAGUAGAGCAACCGAAGCUGAUGUCCACUGACGAAUUAUCCAAGAACAAUACAAUUUCCCGGGCAAAGCCAGUUGAACACGGAGGGAACAGCAGUUCGACUGGAAUUGGAAACCACGCAAUUUCUGGUUCCUCUCAAGUUGUCCCUAGUGGUUAUUUGGAAAAAUUAGAUAAUUUUGAGCGUAGUGUGGCCGCCGUCCUGAUAAAGGUCGCUUACGGAACGACAUCUACAACGAAGCGCAGCAUACCAGACAAUAGCUAUGCUUCAGGCCUAACUACCGUUGCCACACCCCUCCUGACGACCCAGAGAUAUCAGUCGGUUCACCAGAAACAAAUCACAAGCGGUCGCCAGAGAAACUACGAAUUAGACUUAGAGAGAGAUCAUGCACUGCCCACCUCUGCGCCCAAUGCUGACAUAUUGAAAAGUAACAAUAAUCCCACUUACCCCAAUCCAAAUCGUCACCAUUCGCAUGACAGAGAUCGUCACCGUCACACGUUGCAGUAUAAGACCACACCAGUGCCACCCUCAAUACCUAACUUAUUGAAAAAAUCGAUGGGAGCUCAGUCACCGACAAUACCAAUGUAUCCGGGAGAUAUUCCACUAUACUCGCCUCCGUCGCGAACCUUUUUCACGCCCCCACUGCCUCCGGAAUAUCAAAACCCGUUUGCGGACAAGCCAACAUUACGCGGUUCCAAUAAUGAGGGCCUCAUUUCUAUUAAUAGACGACCAAUUCCACCUCCCAGCCUGAUGCCCAGCCAGGACAGGAUACCCAUUCGACCCCCUGAAUUGGGGAGCAACAGCAAUGAGGCCAACGGCAUUUUGAUAGCAAAUGUAAGUUACGAUAAUGAUGUGGAGUCUAAGAGUCCUGUUGUGUCCACAAUCAAUCAGGACGCUGUGUUCGAUCCUGUCGGACUUGAUCGCAAAAAAGCUCUCAAUACACCGGCCCGUCAGCCUUCCAGCAACGAAGAUUAUUUGAGCGAACAAAUUGGCUCACAAAGACAGGGUGUGCAGAGCGUGGAUUUCAGUGGCCCCAAUAAGAAGCAGGAGGUGCUGCCAAAUAUAAGACGCAUUCUUGGAUCAAAUGGUAAAAAAAGUGACAUUCCGGCAGUUCUAUUGAAGCAAGUAACCCCGAGACCGGUCACUAGCUUCCAUCACCCACCGUCCUCUCCAAUUGUUCUAAUCGAAAACUCUUCGGCAAACGAAGACAAUACCGAAGGGAAUGGUUCCUCUGCCAGUCCAAACAUCAACCAAAGCAAACAUCUAUCAGGUCGGCUUGACUUCUAUGAAAGCGGGAACCAUUCCACAGUGACCACACCGGCGGCUGCAGCGGCUAUUGGGGAUGUGGCGGCUACAUCGUUCUCAUACGCAACCACAAACGUUGGUCAAUCUGGGCAGAUGACAGGCAGGACCACAACCACAUUUGCUUCGACUGUUCAGGGCCAGGGUAAGGGUCAGGGUCCAAGCGGAGUAGCUCGCGACGAGGAUGCUGCUGCGGCAGCGGCAUCAGCACACACCACCUGGACUUGGGCCUGGAACAUACAUAUAUACCUGUCGGUGGUACUUUUCACAAUAUUAUCAGUGUACUCGCUCUACAAACUUCUCACUUAUAAUAAGCUAACACAUCUUUUCGCACAGUCGUAUUUUGUUUGCAUUAAUCUCAUACUGAUAACAAUUUGCAUAAUGCGGAUAUUUUUUCUCUGCUAUGAUGCCUACAACAUCCAUGCGACCUUUAAUAUAUUUGUCGCAGAGCUUCUCCUGAAUCUUCCCUCCACAUUUUUGACAGUUGCCUUUUCUGUGCUCAUUUUAUUCCUCUUCUUGAAGUCGUUAAAUCACAAGAACAAUCGUUACUCGGCUCUAAUAAGACCUCUCACCGUCGUCGUAGGCUGCGGCGUUCACGUUGUGCUCUGUAUUACACUGCACUACGUCGAAUCGUAUACGCUUAAGAAUCACCACUUGUAUUUCCAGCAGCAGCAGCAACAGCAAUACUUUCGACGUCAACAGCUGCAUUAUCAGCAAAGUCAAAUUUCUGCGACGAUCUCAUCAUUGGCCAGUCUUGCAAGUCCACCUCCACCGCCACGCGUUCUAACGCUAAUUUGUCAGAUCAUCUACAUAUUCAUAUGCCUCAGUUUAGGGUUCCUGUAUCUUUACUUGUAUCGAAUAUUGAAGCGUAUCUUGCGCAGCAAGUCCCAGAACUAUAUACACGGCUAUCAGAACCUAUCAUACGCCAUACACAUUACGAUUGCUACGGCUCUGUUGUUUGUGCUAUUAGCUGCUCUGCAGAUAUUUGGAGCUAUUUGCAUUUCGUCCUCCCGUCAAGCAAAUAUAGUCGAGGUGGACUGGUUGCAAUGGGGAUACCAGUUUUCCCUGCGACUUAUUGAGAUUUCGAUAAUAACCCUUAUAUCGUGGGUGACUGGCCUGAAGACUAGCGUCGAUCCUAAUUCACAGAACACCCCAACUGGCUUAAAUGGGGACUUGCGCAUCGUUGGGCCAGUUGUUUCCAUGGGUGCCUAUGGCCAAACUGGCGGAGGAAGCGCUGCCAAUGCAGUUAGGGAAAAGCAUGGCGGGAACGGUGUCCACAACUCAAAUGUUACAAACUUCUUUUUACCCUGUACAUCAAGCUCCAGCCAGGAGCAAUUUGAAUCGGAUUAUCCGGCCAUUUGCAAUGCCAACACAAAUCUGCAUACCUAUACUAUGCGGACAGGAAAACUCAUAUACGACGACAGCUAUGCUCUCAAUCCUAUAGGGCCCAAUGCAGCAUCUCCGAGUGUGCGCAAUUGCGAGUAUCAGCUGCAGGAGCCUAUGUACCAGAGGCCGUAUGAUACCGGAUCAAUUAGAAGCGCUGUUAACCAUAAUAUGUCAGAAUACGGUUCUCAAACGGCACAAAGCUUUCAUCAACAGCAACAACAGCAUCCGCAUUUGCACCAACAUCAACAUCACAUGCGAGUUCAUGAACAGACCACUUACAUGAGCACUGACUAUAUGACUGAUGCUACAACAGAUCAUUAUGAAAACCCAAACUUUGAUUUGCGUUCAAGCUCAUCCGUCCUAGGGGGGGAUAGCUUACAAAAACUGGAAAAAAAUGUGGUUAGUUCUAAGCCUGGUUCUGCCGCUGGCUCGGGCUCUUCACAACAGAAAAUUAUGCUAUUGCAAAGCGACACUUGUUACUCGGAACCACUUGAGGAGGAUAUCUCUACAUUUGAAUUCAACAACUUUGAACGUCCCGUGUUUAAAGAAAAAUCUGUAAACACUGUCCAUUUGCAAAGUAACAUUGAGUGCUGGCCGGAACGCGAUCAUGACCGGCUCAAGAUAGCUAAAAGUCGGGAAAGAAAACUAAAUGCGUCGCUCGAGCGUAACGGGUUUGAAAAUGCAGAACGUCGGAGUUCCAACUCGACAAACUCUUGCUCCUCUUCAAAUGGUGGGGGCGGGCGUUAUGCCAGCUAUAAUUCAUAUGAGCGUGGAUUUUUCAACGGUGUGCGCAAAAGCGGAACAUUGAACAGUAUUGUUAACGGAGGCAUGACAUUGGGAGGGCCCACGCCAAGUCGAGCUACAGCUGUGCCAUUAUCUUCUGUUGGUGGUCAGCGAGUGACCGCUAACGGAGUUCAGACCUUAGCACUUUCGGAGAGAGCCCAUUAUUACCAGAGAAAUAAGCGCUCCUCCAACGGUAGAUCAUUGCAAGAUGGUGCAGAUUUAACACAAUUUCAAGCUGAUCCAAUAAAUGGUACGCCUCUUAAGGAGCAUCAGCUCCAGCAGUUACCGUAUGAUCGUAAUUCCGAAGAAGAAGAUGAGGAGGAAGACGACAUGAUAUCGGGAAGCAAUGUGGAGUGCACAAACUUAAUUAACAACGAGAAUGUUUUGGCCACUCCGGCCGAAAUCAACACUCAAAACUCAAUUGGCAACAACAAAUCGCAGGCUGCACUGGUUGCAAUCGCAAAAAAUCGAACCCACGAUCCACACCCGCAUUCACAUAUAAAUUCGCACCUGCAACAUCCACAUCUUCAUGUACAAAAUAAUGUAAAGCUUCGUUCCGAAUUAGGUGCUGCUUCAUCAGCUUCGGUUGCCUCAGUCUCAUCCAAUUCAUGCACGACUUCGAGUGCCUCGGACAGCAUGUUAGUUACCGAGCAGGGAUUUCUACGUUUCCGCUCUAUUGAAGAUUCCAAUAAUUCGCAAAAUGCCUCAAUACCAGAUGAAAGCGGUAGCGGGGUCGUUGUGCCGUCUCUCCGUCAUCCAAGUUGCAGUGCAACUCUAAAUGGCAUCGAUUGCUAAGCAUUACUGCUUUAUACGUACAUAUGUAGGAACAUGCUACGUAGCUUUAUAUGCCAUAACGAUAAUAAUCUUGUUUCGGUUUAAAGCAAUUGAAUCAAUCUGUUUUAAUUGCCGGUUUAUGCCAAUAGUAGUUAAAUCGCCACUUUCUACUCUCUUCAAACUUGUGAUAUACAUAUAACAAACAACUAGCAAAACAAAACAAAAAUAUUAAAUAUACACAAUAUUGUCAGUCGGUAAAGAAUAAAGUUAUUUACGAUCCAAUACAUAAAUAGCA